GGCGGGCUGUGCGCGCCCCGCGCCCCGCGCCCCGCGCCCCUCUGGGUCGGCCCCUGCUCCGGCCCUCUGCGCGCCUGGGCAUCUGCGCCCGGGCCGGGGCGGCGGCGGGAGGGUGAGGCCGCAGAGCGGCGCUGGGACGGCGCUGGCACCUCCAGAGCGGGCCCGGGACGGCAAGGGGGUGGCCGCGAUGCCAGGCGAGAAUAUCUUCCUGUUCGUGCCUAACCUCAUCGGUUACGCCCGGAUUGUCUUCGCCAUCAUUUCUUUCUACUUCAUGCCCUGCUGCCCCCUCACGGCCUCCUCCUUCUACCUGCUCAGCUGCCUCCUGGACGCUUUCGAUGGACACGCUGCCCGAGCCCUUAAUCAAGGAACUCGGUUUGGGGCCAUGCUGGACAUGCUAACGGACCGCUGCUCCACCAUGUGUCUGUUGGUCAACCUGGCCCUUCUGUACCCUCGAGCCACACUUCUCUUCCAGCUCAGUAUGAGCUUGGAUGUCGCCAGUCACUGGCUGCACCUGCACAGUUCUGUGGUCCGAGGCAGUGAGAGUCACAAGAUGAUCGACCUGUCUGGGAAUCCGGUGCUUCGCGUCUACUACACCUCGAGGCCUGCUCUGUUCACCCUGUGUGCUGGAAAUGAGCUCUUCUUCUGCCUCCUCUACCUGUUCCAUUUCUCCGAGGGACCUUUAGUUGGCUCCGUGGGCCUUUUCCGAAUGGGCCUCUGGAUCACUGCCCCCGUCGCCUUGCUCAAGGCCCUCAUCAGUGUCAUCCACCUGACCACGGCCGCCCGCAACAUGGCUGCCCUGGACAUGGCAGACCGUGCCAAGAAGAAGUGACCCUGGAACUGCUGGACCCUGGCUGCCCACCUGCCCUGGGAGUCUCACUGUGCCACACGGCUCCCCUCCCCCUCACAGGAGGUCCCAGCCUCACGUCUUCCUAAUGUGUUGUCCGGCCUCCUGGUAUGGGGUCAGCCUCUUUUUGGUGAUGUCACAUUCUCUGUAAUCCCAAGGACAGUCCCAUCCCUGGGGUCCCCAAGGACUGGGGCUUCAAAUUAGGACGGGUGCUCAGGAGGCCCUGCCCCUACAGGUGGUGCUCCUGGGGUGCCAGGCGGCCAGUCUGAGGACCGGGCAUUGUCCCAUCCUGCUGGCUCAGCCAGACGCUGGGGUCUGGCUUGGCCUGAGUUUUAGGGACACUUGAGAAGGGGAAUGGUAUAGGGGCCAGAUUUCCCCAAAGACAGGGAAGUCAGACUUCUGCCUCUGGCCAGAGGAAGCCUGGGAGGGAAGGGCCCAUCUGGAUCCUUCCCUGUUGCUCUUCCCUGUGUCCUGUCUCCCCUGGCCCUGGAAGCCUCAAUAAUAAAGGUGGACGCUUCACUA